CGACAAGAGUCAUACAGCAAGCUUCAUAUAUCAUGAGGCGCAUGCGGAGCCCGGCCGAGCUGAACAAAUAAUGAGAAUGACAUAGUAAAACCAGGACCAGUAAAUGUCGAUAAGGAUUUGAAUAGACAGCAAGGAUGUCUCCACGAAUGGAUGAUGUUAUGAAGCUGUGUUGUGAGUUGUCCGCCAAUCAGCAAGUUAAGACCACAGUAAAAGGUUCCGGGAAAGGAGCAGCAGCAGCUGGGGCGCUGGCCUUUGCUGGAGGAUUGGUUGGGGGUCCUCUCGGCAUAGCUGUAGGAGGGGCUGCUGGAGGCCUUCUGGGCUGCUGGCUGACCAGUGGUCAAUUCAAACCACUUCCACAGAUCAUAAUGGAGCUCAGCCCUCAGGAAAAGCAGAAGCUUUAUGAUGAUCUCAUGGAAAUCCUGGGAGACAUUCAGUGGACUGAUUUGGCUCAGCUGAUUGCUCUAGUCAUGGGCAACGCAACUCUGAAGCAGCAGCUUACGGCUGCUCUUCUUGGAUACAUCACCAAGGAGCUCCAGGCAGAGGUGCACUAUGUUGAUUAGUCGCUUUCAAUAUUGUGACACAGAAGCCUAAUUGCAGAGGAGGAUGUUCUCUGAUGAGUGUGAACUGCUUUUUGACACUUAAAAGACUCUUAAUUAAAUUCUGUAUGAUAUAAAUGUUAAAUAUGUCGAUGAAAACACCUGUAUGGCUGGGUAAUUUAUUUUGAUAAGUGCAAUUAUUACUUAUUUAUUGUAUCAUUUAUUCUGUCUUUAACUGCACCAAUCAUCAAGUCUGGCUUUAAGUCAUAGUGAAUUUUGGGUUUCAUGGAGUUGUGCAUUUACUCUGUUUUUGUCCAGUCUACCAUCUUAUUUACAUAAGAAGGAUUGUGAACUGACUAAGCCAAAAUUCUUCUGUGUAAUAUAAAGAUUUGAUAUAAUUACAUCAAUUACCAGCCUUUUUACAUUUUAGCAGAUUUGCCAGCAACUGUAUACAGCGUAUUGUACACUUUGAAUAAAAAAUAAAACCAGUGUGGACUUGGCA